CCUUCGAAUUCCUUGGCCCGUUAACGACGAGCGUUUUGAUCUGUCGCACCCUUUUUCUCUCUCCAUCGUCAUCGAAUUUCUAAUCCCAGAUCGUUAUCGGAGUGGUUGGUCUGGAUUCGUCUUGAAGGAUCUAGUGAUAAUUUCGAAGAAUUGGAAGAAAUUGGUCGUUCCGCAGGAAGAAUCGGGGUUGGAAUUGCGAAUUCGAAGGAAUGGCGGCAGAUUCGUGCUCGUCCGAGCAGGAGCAAGACGAGCCGGACGCCGAGUUCUCGGAGGUCGAUCCAACCGGUCGCUAUGGCCGGUAUGGAGAGAUAUUAGGAAAGGGCGCUUUCAAGACAGUCUAUAAAGCAUUUGAUGAAUUGGAAGGAAUAGAAGUUGCUUGGAACCAGGUGAAGGUGGCUGAUGUACUGCGGAACUCGGAAGACCUGGAACGCCUCUAUUCUGAAGUUCACUUGCUCAAGACUCUGAAACACAAGAAUAUAAUUAAGUUUUACAACUCAUGGGUUGAUAGCAUGCAUGAUAAUAUCAACUUCAUCACUGAGGUCUUCACCUCUGGGACAUUGCGCCAGUACCGCAAGAAACAUAAGCAUGUAGAUGUAAGAGCAUUGAAGAAUUGGUCCAGACAAAUAUUGAGUGGCCUUCUCUACCUCCACAGUCAUGACCCACCAAUUAUUCACAGGGACCUGAAAUGUGACAAUAUAUUUGUGAAUGGAAACCAGGGUGAGGUCAAGAUUGGUGACCUUGGAUUGGCAGCUAUUCUUCUCCAUGCUCAUUCAGCUCACAGUGUUAUUGGUACACCGGAGUUCAUGGCUCCAGAGCUAUAUGAGGAAGAAUACAAUGAGCUGGUUGACAUUUAUGCAUUUGGCAUGUGCUUACUGGAGCUGGUGACAUUUGAGUACCCAUAUUCCGAAUGUACCAAUGCAGCACAAAUAUACAAAAAAGUGACAUCAGGAGUCAAGCCUGCAUCAUUGGCAAAGGUGAAGGAUCCUACAAUUAAACGAUUUAUAGAAAAAUGCAUUGCCAGUGCUUCUGAGAGAUUGCCUGCAAGAGAAUUAUUAAGGGAUCCUUUUCUGCUACCAGAUAUUGAGAAUGAAAGAUCAAGCUAUCUGCAGCCUGUUCCCGAUCAUGCAGAUAAUGCCAACUGUUCCAAUGCAAGUGCCAGCCAUGCAUGUCUACAAGAAGAACCGCCCAUUACUGGCCGAGAUUUCACAGUCGAAGGUCGGCGCAAAGACAUUAAGACGAUAUUUCUAAAGCUACGAAUUGCAGAUUCAACAGGUCAAGUUCGCAACAUCCACUUCCCAUUUGAUAUUGAAGUAGACACAUCAAUCAGUGUCGCCACUGAAAUGGUUGCUGAGCUAGACCUUACAGAUCAAGAUGUUACAGCAAUUGCUGCAAUGAUAGAUGCAGAAAUAUUGGCCCAUGUUCCAGAAUGGAUGCCAGGAGAAGCUCUUGACGGUCAUGUCAAUACAUAUGCUUCAGAUAACCUUGACACUGAAGCUGAAGAUGUACUUUCUCGUUUGCCCAAUGAAUCAGAUCAUCCCUCUGGUGCUCUAGUGCUAGAACGGCUACCUUCUGGUCGGAAGUACUGGUCUAGUUCUCCUAGGCGAACUGGCGAGGAGUCUCCACUGUGUCCUACACUGUCCAACGCCUCUGUUGAGUUGAAUCUGCAUGCAAGUGAUGAUGCACCUAUUGAGGUUUAUGAGCAGCAAAAUGAUGGCUUAAAUAAUGAUGGACAGAGGGAAUAUCAGUCCCAUGGCAGCACUUCAUCUAACCAGCGGACAGAUUCCCCCCAACCUAAUGGCAGUGGUAAAGAUAAUUUGGAAAUUGAUUCCUCAUUAGCAUCUCCUGGUUUACAAAAUGCAUCCCCAGCUGAUAUGAUUAAUCAAGGUCAUGAUGUGGCUUCUGUAAGUCAGUGGUUCUGCAAUCAACAUCGAGCCACUGAUGAGCAACGUGUGGGUGAUGAUGAACACUUGUCUAAUACAUUAUUGGAAAUUGAGUCGGAGGAUGUGAAAUCUGUUGUGCAGAAAUUAAAGCAUUUGAUGGUCCAGCAGCAAAAAGAAAUCGAUGAAUUAAAAAGGAAGCAUGAGAUGGCUAUAGCAGAUGUGUUAAAGGGACUGCCUCCUCAACUUCGUAAUACGACAUUAGAUAAAUGUUGCUUGAAAAUUAAUGUUAAAUAGAUCCACUGUUACAGGGAACUGUAUGCAGGAUAUUCUGGUGGCUGUUGUUCCUUCUAACCACCAGAGUUAUUGCCAUCUCAUAUGGCCAGCUUUGCUUUGGAAUGGUGUUUUGGAAUAACCUUACAUUUCACCAAGCACUGAGCUUUUAGAAUAGAUGGCCACUAAUUCUGCAGGUGGAUGAGUUGACUUUCAGAGGCAGGACAAAUAUGCUAAUCCAACAUUCAAGUUUUUUUUUUGAUGUGGGUCUUCUUUAAUCCUGUGAGAAACUGAGAUAAAUCGGAAUCUUAGAAAGGCCCGGCUGUUGAAAAGUGUGCUGAAGUAUCCUCUUGAUUUGAUGUCAUAGAACCAUGAUAUGGUUUCUGCAAAUCCAGAUCAACUGCAGUGAUGGUGUUGCCCAAUAUAGAUGCUCUUCAAGAGCAAACUUUCAGCUUGACUGUGGCUUCAGAAGAAAAAAGAAAAAAAAAUUCUUGAAAGCAGGUCUGAGCAACUUGUGUGCAUUGUUCAAUAUAUCCCAUAAAUUAUUGGAAUUCAUAUUGUAUAUAUUUGUAGAAUCUGUGAGAUAGUAGUAUCUUGAUAUUCCUCAUGGCUUCCAUGUAAUUUCUAGUGAUGCACAAAUGUAUUCCGGUGUUUUAUGUAUGCAAGUUGAUUUUAUUUUAUUUUAUUAUUUGGGUUAUCUUA